AAGAAAAAAGUUUGGACAAUAUCCCAAAGUUUAACUUACUCGCAAGUGCGCGUAGCGGAUAUUUGGACGGACGUGGAGUGGAGAUUGGAGAAGAAUCUUCACUUUUUCACCUUCGUUGCUUACACAAGACGCGAAUUGUACACAGUACCCACUAUUUGUCUAUCUCAUUUCAUCAUUUGCCGCCAGAACACUGCAACUAAUUUCCUCUCUCAGUCACACGUUAAUUCGUUGUUUCGGUGGCUGUUUUGGAUCAAUCUUCAGUGGUUUCUUCAAAGAUGGCUAGUAAAGCUUCGCCAUCCUCGGCUUCGAACCUUCAGUGGAAUCACGACGUCUUCCUAAGUUUCAAAGGUGAAGAUACCUACACGAAUUUCACCAGUCACCUUUAUACAGCUUUGGUCCAAAUAGGAAUUCACACUUUUAGGUGCAAUAUCGAGCUUGGGAGAACCGAAGAAGUUGCUCCAGCAAUACUGGAAGCAAUAGAAAAGUCAAGGAUUGCAAUCAUUGUUUUCUCUAAGAACUAUGCUACUUCAAGAUGGUGCCUUGAUGAACUUGUGAAAAUCUUGGAAUGCAGAAGAAAGGUCGGUCAAUGGGUUCUUCCCAUCUUCUAUGACGUCGACCCAUCGAAUGUCAGGAAACAGACAGGGAGUUUCUCGCAAGCGUUUAUGACUCACGAAGAGCAUUUCAGGGCUUUAGGGAUGAUAGAAAAGGUACAAAGGUGGAGGGAGGCUCUUACUGAAGCAGCAAACUUGUCAGGGUGGGAUUUAAGAAAAGUUGCUACUGGGCAUGCUUCAAAAUUUAUUCAAGGAAUUGUCAGCGAGGUCUCAACUAAAUUAAAGCAAACACACCUGAAAGUUGCUAUUUACCCAGUUGGAAUAGAAUCCCGUGUAGAAAGUGUGAUUUCAUUGCUACAUAUGGAUUCAAAUGAUUUUCGCAUCAUAGGAAUCUAUGGUAUUGGUGGAAUAGGUAAGACAACCCUUGCCAAGGCUGUCUACAACCUUAUCUUUCGCAGAUUUGAAGGUAGCAGCUUUCUUGCAUAUGUUAGAGAAGUUUCAGAAGAACCUAGUGGUUUGCUUCAGCUACAAGAAAAACUCCUUGCUGACAUUCUAGUGAAAGAAAACUUAAAAAUAAGCAGUAUUGACAUUGGAGUAAAUAUGAUCAAGAGAAGACUCAAAAGCAAAAGGGUUCUUGUUGUUCUUGAUGAUGUAGAUCACUUGAAACAAUUAGAAGCAUUAGCUGGAGAGUGUGAUUGGUUUGGUUUGGGAAGCAGAAUUAUUGUGACAACUAGAGAUAAAGACCUGUUAUGUGAUCUUCAAGUGAGUGAAAUAUAUACAGUUAAAGAGUUGGAUAAUGAUGAAUCCAUUCAGCUAUUUAGUUGGCAUGCUUUUGGUAAAGACCACCCUAAAGAAGAUUAUGUAGAGCUGUCAAAUGGUAUAGUGGAUCAUGUUAGAGGGCUUCCAUUAGCUCUUGAGGUCUUAGGUUCUUUUCUAUCAGGUAGAAGUGUGUCUGAAUGGAGAAGUGCACUAGAAAAACUCAAAAUAAUUCCUCCCAAUCAAAUUCAAAGAAAGCUUAGAAUAAGUUAUGAUGCAUUAGGUGGUGAUGCAGAAAAGGAUAUUUUUCUUGAUAUUGCUUGCUUCUUCAUUAGAGAGGACAAAGAUUAUAUAAUUAAAAUACUAGAUGGUUGUGGUUUCUGUUCAGAAAAUGGAAUCAAUACUCUUGUUCGUAGGUCACUUAUAACAAUUGAUGAAUAUAACAAGAUUAGAAUGCAUGACCUACUUCGAGACAUGGGGAGAGAAAUUGUUCGUGAAGAAUGCCCUAAAGAUCCUGGAAGACGCAGCAGACUGUGGUCUCAUGGUGAUGUUUUUCAUAUACUGAUGAAGAAGAUGGGAACAGGAGCAAUUGAAGGAUUAAUUUUAAAUUUGCCUAGAGAGGGAGAAUUAUGUUUAAAUGGCGAAGUAUUUGAGAAGAUGCAUAACCUAAGACUGCUCCAGCUCAAUUAUGUAAACCUCCCAAGAGGCUAUGAACAUUUUUCUAGAGAGCUAAGGUGGCUCUGUUGGCAUGGAUUUACUUUAAAAUUUAUACCAACCAAUUUUUAUUUGGAGAACGUUGUUGUGCUUGACAUGCAACAUAGCAGAAUCAAACAAGUCUGGAAGGAAAUAAAGUUGCUUGGGAACUUGAAAAUCCUUAAUCUUAGUCAUUCCCUUCGCUUACUCAAAACUCCAGACUUCACAGGUGUUCCCAAUCUUGAAAGGUUGAUCCUCGAAGGUUGUACAAGUUUGGUUGAGGUUCAUAAUUCCAUUGGAUGUCUUGAAAAUCUUGUUUUCAUGAAUCUGAAAGAUUGUAGAAAUCUUAUCAAUUUGCCAAGCAGCAUCUGCAAGUUGAAAUCUCUUGAAAAUCUCAUUCUCUCUGGCUGCUCAAAACUUCACAACUUGCCAUCUAAACCAUGGUAUUCGUUCUUCUUGACAUUGGAAUUUCCAAGAAAAAAUCACCGUUCCAUUCUUAUUCCACCAACUUCUUUCUCAGGUCUUUGCUCCUUAAAACGGCUUGAUCUGAGCAACUGCAAUCUACUAGAUGGCACACUACCUAGUGAUUUGGGAAACUUAUCCUCAUUGCAAGAAUUGCAUCUAGGAAAUAACAACUUUUGUAGCUUACCAGCUACCAUCAACGGCCUUUCUCAGUUACAACUUCUUCAGUUAGAAAAUUGUACAAGGCUAGAAUCCCUCCCAGAGCUUCCUUCAAGCUUAAAAGUCUUGAAUGCAAAAGGUUGCACAUCAAUGGAAAGACUAUCAAAUAUUAAAAGUUUAUUAUCAUUGGAAGUGUUAGAUCUCUGUGAAAGCAAUUUUUUUAACCUACCAGCCAGCAUCAGUCACCUUUCUCAGCUCCAAAUCCUUCGGCUGCAGAAUUGCACAAGGCUUCAGUCAAUUCCAGAGCUUCCAUCUAACCUUAAGAGCUUGAAUGCAGAUGGUUGUACAUCAUUGGAAAGAAUAUCAAACCUUGGGAACUUAGAAUUAUUGGAAGAGUUAAGCCUACGUAAUAACAAUUUUUGUAGUCUACCUGUUGGCAUUGGUCAACUUUCUCAGCUUCAAUACCUUUGGUUACAAGAUUGCACGAGACUUAAAUCACUUGAAGAGCUUCCUUCAAGUCUAAUAGAAUUGUUUUCAGAUGGUUGCACAUCUUUGGAAAUGUUACCAAAUAUGUCAAACUGCUACAACUUAUCAAGCUUGCUUCUAGGAGAUUGUGACAAGUUAAUUGAAAUUCAAGGCUUAGAGAGGUUGGGAAAUUUACGACGCAUUCACUUGGAUAGGUGCAACAAUUUGACAAAUACUUUUUGGAUGACUCUUAUCCAGGGACUGCACGAACGUGGUAGGUUUGACAUCUUCCUUCCUGGAAAUGAGGUUCCACAGUGGUUCAGCCAUCAAAGUAUGGGGUCUACAACAUCCUUUAAGAUUCCCGCUUCUUUGGAUUGUAAGAUUCAAGGGCUGAUUGUUUGUGCUGUAUAUGCUGCAUAUGAAGAGAGUGAUGAUGGGCUUAGACUUGCUUUUCUUCCUUACGCUAAUAUUGUUGAUAAAACAAGUGGAUUUGAAUGGAGCCUUGUGCCACAGUUCAAUGAGAUUCCAGUUACUACUGAAGAUCACUUGUGGUUGAGCCAUAGAACACAUACUGAAACUGGACUUUGGUUGGAAGCUGGGGAUGAAGUGGACGUUUCAAUAGAGGCUGUACAAGUAUUCCAUGUGAAGAAGUCUGGGGUCCAUCUGGUAUAUGAUGCAGAUGAGUAUUGUUCGGAUCCUGUUGUCAUUCAUAGGGACUAAAUUUUGUAGCAUUGCCAACUUGGGAGUCAACGCAAUAACUUGGUUGAGUUUAAUCAAUUGCAGUGACAGAACAGUAAUGGGUAUGAUUCUCUCCCUUUUUUCUGGGUUUUCUGAAAUUUUGAUUAUGAAAAUGCAGGUUUAUCUAUUCACUAGUCAGGACUCCUGUAAUGUACGGGCUUUCUUAAGCAAGAUUGAAGUAUAUGGGACCUUAUGAGUUAUGACAUUCCAAAUUGGGCCAAGCGGUCUAUGUCAAAUUCAAGCAUUAUUUUUGUGCUAUGUAUUGUCAAAUAAAUUUUAUUUAUUUA